AUGGCGGCAGCGGGGGGCGUUCAACUGCCGCACUUCCACGGAGGUAGCACCUCCGCCGUGAAUGGGGCCAAAAGGAGUGUACAGGCAACUUUCUCCCCAAACGAGGGAACACACACGUCGACGCUGCAGCUCUCAGCGAGUGAUGAGCCACAUGCGUUUCCGAAUGCAGUGGAUGUCUUGAAUUGCAGAGAGGAGGUCUUAGUGGGUAUGCUAACUGCGCUCAGGGAAGCCACGGCGCGCUCGCGAGAGCCAGUAAUGAAAAAGAAGAAGCAGAUGAAGGGUUACACCAAGCGACAAAUGGAAGUCGUGCAGGAGGAACUCCUUUUCCACCGAAGUACUCUGAUGAGAGCCAGUGCCAUGUUGAAAGAAUCUGUAGAAGCGGUGAAUGCCCGUCUUAGCACAUUACACGCUGAAGAAGCGCUGCUGAACGAGUACUACCAAACGCUGGAUGAUGAAAUUGAGCUCGGGGAGAGGUAUGAUCUACCCAAGGAAGGCAGUUAUCAUCGCCAACAGCGUGAGUUGAGGCGUGCCGUCCCGCGUCAGAGGUACAAAGAGGGGCGAGUCUUCUUGGAGGCCCGCCGUGCGAAGCUGGCGGCGCUCCUGCAUGAACUGGAGGUAGAAGAACGUGCGAUAUUCCCUAGCAGCGCCGACAACGAUGCCGCUGCGGCGGAGGCGGCGGCGCUUGGCCGCGAGUACAGCAUAGUUGACUCGAAGGGACAGAAGUUAGACGAUGUGUAUGAUUCCACCGCUGCUACUGCUGGAGGCGGCCAUAACUUGGAGUUACGCUUGCGUGUGCAACCACUGCUGGAGAAAGUGCGGGAGCUGAGAAUAGUGCCGAAGCUUUCUCCGCGCAGUGUCAAGUCACGGUUACGGAAGGAGCUACUACUCCCCUUCUCGGCGCGUGUCCUCGCCCUGAAAAUUGACGAGGGAAACAACCCGGGAGAAAGGUUUGUAGAGUGGUACGUCAACACUGUCAUUGACCCCUUGGCAAUGGCACAACUUGUCGAGCUUGUACCGCGUGAGUAUCUUGUAACGACGACCGUGCGACUUGUAAACGUGUGUGAUACAUAUUUGCACCUACGUCAGACGCAAGCUCUUCCAGACGUCUUGCAUGUUUUACUGCAAGCUAUUGCGGAGGGACGCUCGGAUGCCCUUGCGACCCUUGUGCUCUCCCCCUCAGACUCCUACUUGCAUGCGUUGGAAAACAAGGACUAUGUGGGCAUCAUCUUUUAUGCGGCAUUGGUCGCUGGACAGAUGGAAGUGCUGCGGCAUCUUAUUUCAGUUGGCUUCUACAACGUCAAUGCCCUCGUCGCGUGGCUUUUCUUGAAUCCCAACAAAGAGGAUCCCGCCUACAUUGCGUAUAUGACCGAAGUAAGGUCCAGCGUGAAACAGCACGUGCAGAGCGAGGUCUGUCAGCAGCAGGAUGCCAUCAGCGCCGAAACGUUGCGCAGUGAGUGGGAUGUGGAUAUCGUGGCUUCUGAGUUGGUCCUGAGUUCGGUGCAGAGUGAUUCAAGGCCCCCGUCAGUGAACAGUGGGUUGUGCGAGACCCUGCGGCGCUUCCUGCAGGAGCGACGGAAGUGGAAGUCCCAUACGGCCGCACAGGCCGGUAAGGCCACCGCUUCCACCAAAGUGAGAUCGAGCGGGGAAGUCUCUUGUGAGCCAUCCUCUCUGCUGGUGCCGCAAUUGCCAAUAGUGAGAGUUGGGCAGAACACGACGCAACCGAGUUCUGCUGCUGAGGUGCCCUUCUCACUCAUUCUUGGGAAGCGACGUUUGGACCGCCUCCAACUUUCGCCCGUAAAGUGUGCCGUGUUGCCAGCCGUUAGCAGCUCAUUUAUGCGGCGGGUGGACCGCUGGGGCUACACACCGCUGAAAGCCACCGCCUCCCAUUUCCUGCUUGUGGGCGAUACAUCCACUGCAAGUGCACACGUUGUACAACUCCCACCUCGGUACGCAGAAUUAUGGCCUGACGAUGAUCCGACAGAAACACCGCACGCGAGAUGGCAACGAGAAAAGCGGCAGGCGUCGGCAAAGGCGAAGGGCCCGAGUUUCUACUAUGAGGUACAUGUCUCACUGAAUUUUCUACUCAGCGGUGUCCCUCUGAGCACGACUGCAUUUAACAGCCUUCCAGCUUCUGAAGACAAGCCUGGGCUGCAAACUUCCACGGUUUUUGUUGGUUGGUGCUCGGAGGAGUGUGUGCCUGCGGCCGAUGGACGUUCCACACAUUCUCCACUAGGCAGUGACCGCAACUCCAUAGGAAUUUCGUUUGACGUCUUGCACAGAUCUACGGUCAAUGAAUCCGUGGAGGAGGUCAUCUUACGACCUAUGAAGCAUGAGAGGGGCAGAACCUCUGUGUAUCCCGUCCGAGAUGAAGACGUCCUACAAGAUGGUAAGGCGGUGGGAGAUCUGGAGACGAGUUUGGAGGAGCCAGUUUUUCCCUUGUUGCGAAUUCAGCUCGAAACAACUCAGGAGAAGGGCAACAAUCUGGGAUUUUCAUGCUUCUCCACGAGGGCCUUCUCCUCGCCCAUUUACGGAACCGCAAGCUCCAUAGGCGACGCCUCGGCCUCGGAGAAUUCGUGCGCGGCGACGGCGGCGUAUGCGUUGAAGGAAACAAUUGUACCCAACGUUGAAUUUGUGCGCCAGGGGGGGAAUGCCUCCGAGGCAGACGCUGGGGAAGGAAGCAGGAUGUUUUGGACCUCCGCCUUUGCGGGUAAUUCGGUCGUCCAGAGAGGGGUAUCGGUGUACAACUACCAGUCCCUGGUGGUUGGCUGCCACGUGAAUUUUGGCGAUCGUACUGCGUCUUUUAGCGUCAACGGAAGGCCGCUUGGGGCCGCCUUUACGACGCUGCCGUCACCGGUGGGUCUUCGGCCAGCUGUGAGCCUUCAGGCAUCACAGCAAAUCACGGAGACGCUUCAGCGCGUGCGGCCUUCCGACGCGGUGAUUGUUCGCUUUGUCUUUGAGGAAACACAUUUGCUGACCACGCAAAACGUUGUCACGACGCCCAGCUGCUUUCCCGGAGCGCGGUCCCCUGUUGAGGCUCGGCAAGGAACACCAGUACGAUGCGAGGAAAAGGAACAGGUCUGCGGAGAGAUUCCGGGAGUCAUAACGUCGUGCCGCCCAUUGCUGUUUGACGAGAGUAUGAUGCAGUGUGCGCUGCUAGGGCUUAUCACUUGCGGCGAAGGCAUGCUGCCCACCGGCGAGGAUGCCGACGACCUUAUUCAGGCUGCCAGAGAGACUCUUUCACUGGGGCACAGCGUGCGCAUCACGGCGGCGAGUGUCCGUCAGUUGUUAAGCGCACAGUCUACCGCGGAGGAUUUGUUGUUUUUUCCGCCAGUGGUUGUAAAGCGUCGCAGCGACGAUACGGAAAAGGGAGGAAACGGAGUGGCGAUCAUUCCAGAGGAUGUUCCGCUGGUGCCGCUAUGCGUCGCACUGGCGCAGCGUCAACGCGUGCCAGCCUAUCGUAUUGCCGUGCACCCCUUUACUGACUUCCUUGGUCAAGACGAUGUGAGUAGGCGGCAGAGACGCAUGGCGUUGCUCGCCUCCGCAACACUGGGCUACAUGGAGGUCUUGUACGUGCUCCUUGAGCGCAUGUGCAUUGCAGAGACGCUCAGCUUGUUUACGCUCAGCCUCGCAAAGACUGACUCCGACUACUAUCUAACAGGAAAGCAAAUGAGAAUUUUUACAUCUGGAAACUGUCGCCAAUGCACUUCCGCCGCCAUGCUACAUCGCGUUGAGUAUACGCCACUGCACUGCGCCCUCCUUGAAGAACACUACGAGUGCGUGCAUCUGUUACUCUACUACUUGAAUCGGUUACUGCCGGUGGAGCAGAAGCGACACGCAGUGAACGUCCUGACACGUAGUGGGGAAACGGCACUUCUCAUGGCCUGCCGCCUCGGCUACACCAAAAUUGCAAAGCGUCUUCUCGCUAUGGGGGCCGCACCGUCGAGCUUUGACCGUGUGACACGAACAAAUUGCCUGGAGCUUGCCUGCGCCAGUCGUAGUGAGGAGAUUGCCAUGGCCCUCCUACAAACACCGCACUACUGCUCACAGGUGGCGGUAAACCUCUCGGGGGUGGCGACGCCGAUUUGCUGGUGUGCGCUGAACAACAUCGCCUCUCUCAUCCCCCCGCUGCUAAAACAUGGUGCGAGCCUCGACGUGACGUUGGACGGUCUCACACCGCUUCUUUUGUCUGUCACGUUUGGGAGUGAGGAGGCCGCGCUGCAGCUGCUUAGCUGCACUAAGGUGGUACCCAACGUCUCCACCUACUUGGCCCAGUCGGCCCGUUCUGCUUCGCACUGCUCGUCUAACGACGAGGUCAACGAGGAGGAAUCAAUCAAAGACGCCGAGGUUUGCCGUGCCGCCGUGAUGGACAUCAAUGCCUUGGACCCACUCACGCAAUCCACUGCGCUGCAUUUGGCGUGCGAGCUUGGGCAGCUGGAGGUGGUGCGCGGGCUCAUUGCAAAGGGAGCCUCAUUGAACCUGCAGAACAAGUCAAGAUUUGCCACUCCACUACACCUCGCCAUUAUCAACGGCCAUGAGGGUCUGGCGCUUGAGAUAUUGGAGUACGCAAAGGACAAGCUCAGGCGUGGCCAAAACGUGCUCGACAUUGCGGCUCUUGAGAAGAACGCCGACACGGCUUUGCAUCUCGCCGCCCGAGAGGGCAUGCUACAAGUGAUCGAGUACAUCAUGUUUCAGUUUAGCGACGAGGAGAUUACACGACUCUCCGGCACGCGCAGCUUUGCGAAACGGCCCACCGUCGUGAAUGUUGUGGCCACAAACCGUCAGGGCAUGACGCCGCUGCUUGUUGCAAUCCACGCCCACCAGGAGGCGGCGGCGCAACUUAUUGCCUCACUCAUGCCAGACUCGCUGCCCAACCCGGGCGGGCCCGUGAUUGACGGCACCUGCACGGCGGUUUUGGCGAGUGACGCGGAGGGGCUUGACAACGUCACACUUUUCUUUCUUUCACAGCAGCGCUAUGCCGCAAAGGAGGCCUUCCGGGCGGAAUUCUUCGCCCGCUACAAUGCGAAGCGGCGGCAGAUGGACCUCCGCGAGGACGGGGCCCCUCUCGAGUAUGAGGAAAAAACGGCCGUGCUCUUUGGAGAGGGAGAGAAGAGGCGAAAAAGGGACAGAGCACGCAACCUCCGUGACACUAACCUCAGGCAGGCACAGGCUCGGCAAAGAACGAACGUCUCCGCCGCACUCCUCUCGCGGACGAGUCUCUCGCUGGAGACCUACGCGGAGAAGUUGGGCGGUCUCACCGGCACGCACGGCGCGAUGCUGUCCCGCCGUCACACCGCACGAGGCGCACGGGUGUCGCGGACAGGGAGGCAGCGUCGGCGAAGCACGUUUGUGCGCAUGUUGCUGGCGAAGGGAGGAAUUGGCCUCACUGCACGGACGCUUAUUCAAAUAUUAGAACAGGGCUUUCCUCUGGAGGAGAUAUACGUCAUGGUUGACACCAUCUCCACCGAGACGACGCGCUCGACGCAGAGCGUGAGUGCGAUGCAGCACGUGGAAACACUCAUCUUGUUUUUUCGCGAGUACGGUGGGGUGCGCAUUGCCACAUGGGAUGCAGUUGUAGUAGCGCGACAACUUCUUGCGGCUCCGGCCCUGGCGGGAAUUAUGAAUGCGGAUCAGUUGGAUAAUGCUAAGAAACGGAUGACGGAGAUGCGGCCGCUGUGCAGAGAGUUGCUUUCCCUCAUCCGUUCCCAUGGCCAACGCCUAGAGUGUGUGGAGGACAUGCGGCAUAUGGUGGAGCAGCGCGGCGGCGUUGGCCCCUCGCUUGUGGAGGAAAUGACAACCCCCUUUGGAUUCACCGUGCUUCAGCUCGCCGCCACCCUAGGUUUGCCGCACGUGUGUGAAUUUCUCCUGGGUGAGUGUGAACUGAGUCCCUUGUAUGUGCCGUCAACAAGCAGCAUCCCCUGUAGCGACAGCAAGUGGUGUCUCUCGCCGUUUCGUCUUGCAUUGCGUUCCGUCAAUGUAGAGACCAUUUCGGUGUUUCUUUUGCACGAACUGCAAUCGGGUGAUGUACAGGCAAUGCUGGAGCACAAGGAGCUUGCAAAGGCAGACAAGCUGCAACAAACAGCGCUUCAGGAACUCGUUCGACAGCCACUCGAUGGGCUUUCCACUACGGCCACCAUGGACACACUGCACGUGAUGCGUCUGCUCCUUUACAACGGGGCCGUGGUGCAAGGCAACUUUGACAAUGAGGGAAACGAUGCGUGGAUGCUUGCCGUGUGUGCGGCUCCUGGCAAAGGCACCAAACUUGAGGUCUUUUUUGAGGAAAAUGUACAGCUUGGCGGGGACGAAGAGAAAGAGGAAAGUGAGGCGGAUGAUGUGAAGACGUCUACGCGCAAAUCCUCAUCCACCGGGGAGACUGAGCCAAUGCACCGAAACGAAAGCAGCCGAAGUGGGUGGACGGUGACGUCGCUUGAUACCGAUGAGAAACGAAGGCAGUCGCUACGAAUGCCGCUCAUAGGCUCUGUGGUUGCGCCGCAGUGGACGAAUUCCCUUGUGGUGCUUCAAACCGUUGACAACUCCACCCCGCUGAGUCUAAAGAAACGGAUAUACUACGCUCAACUGAUCUUUUCCUGUGCGGAGCAUAACCCGCAGAGUCUCAGUACACUGCUGGAACGGUAUCCGCAUGUCCUUUCUCCCUCCGUUGUUAACCCUCUGACGGGUGACACCUUGCUGCUCUUUUUGUUGCGCCGGGCCGCCAACAUCUACUCGGUGGAGUGCGGGAUCUAUGCGCCUCCUCAGAACAAUACAGACCGUGAGGAUGCUUUACUAACAGCGCGCUGCAUGCCGCUAGAGGCGGAGAUGACCCGCAUCUCCGAUGGCGAUCCCGUACCGUACCGUGAUCCAUGCACCAUUCCCGCUGUGCGCUCGUUGCUGCUAGUCGUGGAGCAGUUGCUGCGAAAAUUCUCCUUUGACAAUCUGUACUAUGAGCACAGUGACGGGGAAACCGCCUUGGCGCUGGCCGCACGAUUAAGCUACACCCCGAUUGUCUCACUUAUAGUGCAGCGGCCUGUCGCCUUGGCUGCGGGUGGGGAAACCAGAAAGGAGGAGACCAAGGAGGCGGAAACGGCGUGCGCUGCCCCCGCCGGCCUCUCCGAUAUGGACUCCGCGAGUACUGUGAUCCACGACGACCUCGUGCGAAAUUUGGAGUCUUCCUCCUGUUGGGUGAUGCUCGCCACCCGUCUCUACUACGCGGAGGAGGAAAUGGACAUGCUGAUGACCAUUCUCAGACACCUCCGGUCGACCUCCACAAAGUUUUCAUUUUUGUCGAUGGCCUACUCCAACCUACACCCCAUCGUGGCGCUACGCAUUGCGGAGAAAUACGCAACUGACGUGAAGAGUAUCCUCAUGCAUCCGGAAGCCGUCAAUGCCUUCUGGUCCAACGUUCUCUAUGCCCAGUUUGUGGGCCGACUUGAGGAGGUGCCUGUGACGCCGGCAGGGUGGAGUUCCAUUCUGAGUGUGCUGCUGCCUGCUGCCUCGGCUAUCCCAAUAUAUUUAAUCAAAACAACACCUUCACUGCCAUCCAGUUCACCCGCCGAUUCGACGCCGUCAAAGCUGCUGUCCCCGGUUGCUUCCACGCCGGCUGCAUCCGGCUCUCCGGUGAAGAGGGAAAAGGCAGGGAAUCGUGCCGCCCCCAACUGGGGUUUCAUCGUCAAAAAAACAAGACAGUACAUUCGUCAGCUUGCGGCGGCGGCGGUGUGUGUGGCGUCACCGCCGUCUGCCAUUGCAUCUCUGCACGGUGGUGGGGUCAUUCCAAGCUCGCAGCGCCAGGUGCUUACGGUCAUGUCUAACCAUUUUCAUGAGUUAAUUGAGUUGUCCGUGCGUUUUGAUAACUCUGCGAUGCUGCUGGACCUCAUGAACCUGGUUCCCGCAGAGCUGCAGGCCUGCGUCAAGAAUGAGUGGCGUGAUCUCAUGGAGAAGUAUCACAUUGACGUGGUCGCUAUCGCCGCAGGCAGCAUGACCAUCAUGAAGACGCUUGCUCGUCUCCCUGAAACGGCCGCACUGCUAAGCAGCGAGCGAUACGAACGCAUUGAUCCCGCCACUGGCCUCUCCGAGGAGGUGGUGGCGGCGCGGGAGGCGAUGCCCGACGCACCGUCGGCGCCCACAAAACCCGCCCCUCUGGCUGGAAGCACGAUGAUGUUGCGUGGCGAGCGCGCCGGCAGUGUCUCUGGGGUUCUCUCAUCACGGAAGUCGUUUGUUCGAACCUCCCCCGCCAACGAAAACAAAUGGACCCCAAAAAAGCCUAGGGAGAACAAGCAGGCGGUGGUGAAUAUCCUCGCACUGGAUGCGACGACGCUAGACACGAACGUGGAGGGGGAAAAGAGCGAGGCUGAGAAGCCCGAAGCCAACUUGCAGUACAUGGAGGUGAUGACGGCAGCGCGCGAAAGAACGACGGCUUCGGCGGUUACCUGGGGCAUUGGUGCUGCCGCACGACCCAUCGCAUUGCAAGAAGGACUCAAGGCAAAUGCUCAUGCGGCGCCUCAACUACAACCCGCCUCUUCCUUCUCGGCGCAAAGGAAAACGAGUACCGCGGCACCUAGCGAUAGCUCUCGCAACCGCUUUCUUACAAAUAUGGGCGCCGAGGAGAGGCUCUCCGUGACGUCCGUGCAACGUAAGUCACCGAGGCAAUCCUUGACGCCGGAGGGGGGAACCGUCACAGGCUCCUCGCGCCAAGCGCCGCUGCCAAUGGAAUGGAUGCCCUCGCCUCCAACACCGCAGUACUUUCCGUAUUAUUUGUGCGACUGGGCGCUUCACACGACCCUUGUCCUACACGCCCCACGACCGUCGCGUCGAACGGUUGAUACCCUGCUUUACCUUAUGGAUCAACGUGCCCCCCUCACGGCUUCGGCAGUGCAACUAUUCUUGGCGGCCUCACGACCUCUGAACUGCUGGGAAUCCAGUGACGGCCAACUGAUCACGCUGAACUACGCCACACGCACACACCAAGACACAUUGUUGCACAUUUUGGUUCAGAAUGAUCAACUUCGACUUGCACGGUACUUUCUGGCGACCGCCUUGUGCUACUUUACCUACUACCAAUAUGACCCACCAAGUACGAUGCCGCCCCACUUUGCAUUGAUGGAUAUGCCCAAACCGCAGAAGCCUUUUAAACCCCCAGAGCUCCACGGAGAGAGUGCAACGGAGGAGCCGGAAACGUUGGAAGAGGAGGGUGGGUAUCCCGCCGUUUUCCUGCGCAGCAUGCUGCGGAUAAAUAAACACGGCCUCACACCAUUUGACUACGCCCGCGGGCCAAUGGUGUCACUACUCAUGGAGUACGGCUGCAUCCCGCCGACGUACCGCCCGUAUCCGCGUGGAUUUUGCCGCGCAAUUCGAUUGCCCCUCGCUCCCUCAGCCUUCCACCCAGUGCCGCAGCUGCUGCUGGUGUCUGCGAACUUCAUUGAGCUGCACGACGAGGGAAAGCCAAAGCCGCGCAACCAUACGGCGGAACUUUUGGCCAGGGACACCGCCGAUGCCGUUUUGGUGCGAAAUCAGACCAUUAGCCAACACGCGACAAAAGUAAAUUUUUUACCAUCAGUUCUUUCAGGUAACGUGAGUCUGCUGCAUCUGGGGUUAUGCUCCGCCGAUGACGAACUUGUGCUGCAGUACAUCAAAGAAAAGCGUCAGCAACAACUGCGAAGUCUCGUGUUGUCGCAAGUGUCGCGGAACACACCUACGCCGCUCACGAUGACGCAGCUCUCGAGUGCCACGUUUGCUGGGGCCCAUCAACGGGGCAAGUCGACACCCUCGACGGCCCCUAGAGCGAAGGGUUUGUCCUCAGCCCGCUCCGCCGCACAGCGUGGCAGGGCUGAGAAGGAGUUGCCAAGCGCCUUGAAGCUUAUGGAUGUUCUUCGUGAACGCGGCUUUGUGCUCUUCCCGCUUGUUCUUCCCCUGGACCUGGAGGCAAGUCAACCAACGCGCGAGGACGACUCCAAUGAGAGCACCGCAAUUCUGCUUACCAUGACCCCCAUGGCACUGGCAACUUGUGCGGGUGUCGUGAAGCGAGAUGAAGUUUCUCAGGGGAAUAAGCGGCCGAAGAAAUCCACGGGUACACCUCGACCAAACUCUAGGGCUGAGGCUUCCUUCAUUCCGCCACGUUUUACACUAACAGCGGGAAAGAACCGUCAUCCCGCCGAUGCCCUCGAUGCCUGGGUGGCCUCCCGCCGUUCAUCGAAGUCAGCUGCAGCUGGAAAGGACCCGCACAUGCAUCUGCUUGUCAGGUCUAUCGGCGGUGGUCUCGCCGGGCGUACGAUUCAGCUUCUCGGCCUCUGUACGGCCCCUUCUUACGAGUCCCACAAGUAG